UGCUGUUUUCAUAUUUUGAUGCAGGACAAUGGACUUGUCUUUAUAUCCUGUGGGAAAUGGAGGGCAAUCUCAACUUUGCAAAAUCUUUUUUUGAUCAACUGUCCCGUAACUGCUGAAAAUAUUAUUGCCAUUUUGAAUAAUGAGACGGAGUGUUCUUUGUCCAAUUGUUUUACCGGAGGACUUACAACAGUAGGAAUAUUUUUUGGGAUGCUCUUGAUGGAUUAUUAUAGAAAGAAAGAAUAUGUUUCCUCUUUUAUUCAGUCUCGUUUUGCGUCGAAGCAUUCUCGAAAUAUUCAUGCGAUAUCAAGUGAAACAGUGAGCCAAUUCUACGCUGUGUCUCAGCUAUCAAAAGAACAGCUGCAAAAAUUGUGCAUUCAUAUGUCUUCUUUUCUUUUGGAAAUGUAUAGUAGUAAACAAGGAACUGAUUAUUUUGCCUUGGCGGAGAAUGAACAAAGAAGAAUGGAUUUGCUAUUGACAAUUAUCAAGAAAUUGGGUCAAAUGAAAGAGUCAUUUGAUACUUAUGAGAGAAUUCUUGUUGAAGGGAAAGAACAAAGCCAAUUUCACAUGCAAAAAUCAAGAACCGAUAUCGUGGUACACAAUUUCCUCGCAAAUUUAGUUUUGUCUUCUGUUUUGAUUGGAGCCACAACAGGAAAUAGCUUUGGAACAAAUCUGAAUAUUCCUUUAUAUUACAGUACAAAAGGGUAUAAGGCUGCUCUUUGGUACAUUGUUGUGUUUUCUGUUAUCCUUGCUGUAGGUUUCCUUAUUCUUAUCUUUCUGAGCUGCAACAAGAUUCUAGUCAAAUAUAUUAAGAGUCAACGAAAUCAAUCAUUUCAAGUUCUACAAAGGGAAUAGAGUAUAGAGCGUUUUUGUCUCAA